AUGGAAUAUUACAAGUUUGCCUUGCUGGUUGUUUUCCUGUCCUAUAUUGAGCGCUGCUGGACAACUUCCUGUGUGGUGGACAGCUUCACUGUCAAGCAAGACUUUGACCCAAAAAAAUAUGCAGGAAAGUGGUAUGCCCAGCAGAAGAAAGAUCCAGAAGGACUCUUCCUGCAGGACAACAUUUCUGCAGAGUACACAGUCGACGAAGAUGGCACCAUGACUGCCUCUUCCAAAGGUCGUGUCACUCUGUUUGGAUUCUGGGUUGUGUGUGCUGAUAUGGCUGCCCAGUACACAGUGCCUGAUCCAGCCACACCCGCCAAGAUGUUCAUGAACUACCAGGGUUUGGCCAGCUACUUGUCUAGUGGAGGCGACAACUACUGGAUUAUUGACACAGACUAUGACAACUACGCUGUCACCUAUGCAUGCCGCACACUGAAAGAUGACGGCACCUGUGAUGAUGGUUAUGCCCUGGUGUUCUCCCGUAACUCCCUUGGCCUGCCCCCAGCCAUCCAGCGCAUUGUGCGCCAGAAACAAGCGGAAAUCUGCAUGGCAGGACAGUUCAAGCCCGUGCUGCAAUCAGGUCAGGCUAUGGAGAAGAGCCUGCUGAACUCUGACACCUUCCUUUAUGCUGAUGUGAGAGAAAACACACCCAGCACUUUAAAGAUACAGAGGACAGAGCGCAUCAAGGAGACGCAGUUUCCAGUUUUCUGUCUCAAGGGGAAAUUGUGUUUGGGACAAUAA